UUUAUUUAAUGUUAUUGUUUUGGAAAACCACCAGCCACUGCUAAAUGUCAUCUUAAUGAUUUAAAACUGUUUGAAUUAAGUGUUUAAAGUUCUUUUUUUCUUUAGGCUCUUUUGAAUUGAGAGUUUUCUUCACACAUAUGUGUUUUUAUUAACUUUUACCGCGACUAGCCACUUUAGUUUUUUGUAUUUAGUGUAAGUAAAAUGGAAGCCUGCACUGCUGUGGAAAGAGAAAUUGACAAAGUUCUAUCAAAGUUCGGAGGAAUAAACGAUCACGCGAAACGGUGUCUUCAGGAUUUAACAUGCCACAUCGAAAAUUUGAAAGAAGAAAUCGGAACUUGUCCAGAAAAUCAAGUUCUUACUGCCGGCCAAGUCCUCAUUAUGAAACAGGCGAUGAACAAGGUGAAAGAAAGUGUACAAAGGUUGGCUGCUGAUCAUAGAGAUCUCCAUAGCACAGUGUCUAAAGUUGGAAAGGCGAUUGACAGGAAUUUUGUGCAAGACUUUGCGUCUACAAGCCGAGAAGAUGUUUUCUCCGGUCCUGAUAAAAUCAUGCUUCUGAAUCAAGUUAUCUGCCAGCAUUUCAUUCGCCAAGGAAUGCUGGAUAUUGUAGAUGAGUUGGUGGCUGAGGCUGGUGUGAAAACAGAACCUAGUGUUAAAGAACCAUUUUCAGCCUUAAACAGUAUCUUAGACUCUCUCAAACAGAAGGAUCUCACACAGGCAUUUGAUUGGGCUCGAGAACAUCGAGAGAGUUUGGAAGCUCAGAAUUCAUCACUGGAGUUUAAACUGCACCAACUCCAGUUCAUAAGUCUCCUUCAGAAAGGCACCACUGGUCAAAAUGAAGCAAUUGCUUACGCAAGGACACACUUCUCUCAAUUUGUUGGACGUCACGAAAAAGAAGUGCAAAAUCUGAUGGGAAUGUUCCUAUUUCUGCCUCAUGGAAUUAGUGCAUCACCGUAUGCCCACAUGCUAGAACCUCAUUUAUGGUCUGAUAUUGUCGACACAUUUACUAAAGAUGCAUGCUCACUUUUAGGCCUGAGUGUGGAUAGUCCUUUAAGUGUUUCGGUCAAUGUUGGUUGUGCAGCUUUACCAGCAUUGUUGAACAUAAGACAAGUUAUGCAGCAAAAACAAGUGACUGGAAUGUGGAGCGGAAAAGAUGAAUUACCAAUUGAAAUUGAACUUGGUCAGGAACACAAAUAUCACUCUGUUUUUGCAUGCCCGAUUCUAAGACAACAGAGUUCUGAAUCCAAUCCACCCAUGAGACUCAUUUGUGGUCAUGUGAUCUCUCGUGAUGCUUUAACCAAGCUUGGUAGCGUAAAUAAGCUAAAAUGUCCUUACUGCCCAGUUGAACAGAAUCCUUCCGAAGCAAGAUUAAUAUAUUUUUAAACCAAUUCUUUUUCAUGUUUUUGUAAACAUAUUUUUUCAAGAUUUGAUUUGUGUUGAGUCAAACUCUUCCUAAAAACUAUUCAGUGUACAUACUGUGAAUAAUAUUAUUAAGGUGCUUUGAUAGUGGUAUGAAUAUUUAGUAAGCUCUACAGUGAUGGAAUGGACAAUUUCCUCACUCAUCGUACGAUUAUGUUUCAAGUAAAACACGAAUAAAAAAUAAUCUUUUAAUUGUUGCAGAUUAAAGUGAAGUUAGCUGUAGUUUUAAUUGCCAAUAGAAAUUAUCUUCCUCUCUCUUUGUUUUCUUUUUGUAAUUUUUUCAUGUUUAUACUAGCAAAAAAUAGGGAGAGGGAGGAACUGGAAGAUAUCUUUGUUCUUUUCAGAAAAAUUAUUUAUGUUUGUUUUUAAAUCAAAGAUGAACGGUUCAAAAAACUGAAAGUAAUACCAAAUUAAAUUGAGCCAAAAUACGACUUCACUUGUUAACUCUUCAUAUUUUGUUUGUUUUACAGUUCUAAUUGAUUUAUUCCUUUUAUUUCUGUCUUUCUUUUUGUACAUAGUUAAUAUGAUGACAAUUUUGUUUAGGGAAAAUAUUCUUUUUUUCAUCAAAUAAUGGCUAUGAUACAUACACAUUUUACUACAAUUCCCUCCACCUUUCAUGGAGAGAAUAAUUUCUAGUUUGUGAUUUAUCUCUUUAGAUGAUUAAAUGAAUUUCCUGUUUUGUAUUCUUUGUCUUUUUUAAUGCAAGGAUGAGUGUUCCUUA